AUGAAGUCUCUCCGCUUCAUUAGCGCGGAAGUGCUCGUGUCGAACGCCGAGCUGGCCAGGAGGAGUCUCGGCAGUGUCGCCCAUAAUCUUUUUCCUCUUCUUUUUAAAGCCAGCUAUUUGCUGGAGCGAGGGGAGGUGAUUCAUGACUUGGUAGAGAACUGGCCGCUUGCUGAUUUUAACAUGGGAGAACUUCUGGGAACUACCGUGGACUACCAGGAAGACCUGAGCCGUAGAACAUGCUCAGUGUGCUUGGAAAGCUGUCUGACAGGGCUGAGGGACUACGUGCUCCACCAUCCUUCUCCCUACAUGAAAAGGUUGAAGGUGGUUGACCUGACGGGCAUAAAAGACGUUGAAGUGCAGUUUUGUGAGUGUAAGAAGACAAUGGGCAGGUGGGCCAGGACGCAGCUGCUCUCGAAGCUUUGUUUAGAACUGCUGGCUUACCUGCAGCAAACAGAGCGCAAUCCAGGUGCCUUCGGAAUCAGCAUUGACGUGCUGAUCGACUUGUUUGUUACGGAGCGGAACUAUGAGCUGGUGGUGCAGGCCCUGCUGAAGAAAUGCUGCUGCCCACUGAAGAUCUGCUGCGUGGCGUUCAGAUCCGACAACCUGGCUUUGCAGAAAUUCUUCUACAUCAUAAAGCUCACCGAUCCCUCUUUGUUGCGCAAACUGGAAAUCGUUCACAACGUUCGCUUGGAAAUGGAACACUUGGAAAUACUCUUCAAUAGUAUCCGCUUCCCUCUAUUGAUGUCCUUGACCUUGCCGGCGCGAACGUUUAACGUGCGGAGGUUCACGGCGGCAGAUGAACGGAUGCUCGCCAACGUUGGCGCAAAGAUGGGCGAAAUGACACAGCUGACUGAGCUGAGCGUGCCGUUCUCCGUACUCACGGGAAGAAUACAGAAACUGCUCAGCCCACUAAAAACUCCGCUGAAGGUGCUGGAUGUUUCUAACUGCUUGUUGAACCAUGAUGAUAUGGCCUAUUUAGCCAACAGCUUCCAUGCUCAUCACUUGGAAGCCCUGGACCUGAGUGGUCACAAUAUAACCGACCUUUACCCAUCAACAUUCUUUAAGCUUCUCAGCCAUUCCUCUUCAGCGCUAAGGAGUCUAACCUUGGAGGACUGUAACAUCCAAGACACUCAUGUCAACAUGUUGAUUUUGGGUUUAAGCCCUUGUCAGAAACUAGAGGAGUUCAAGUUUCUCGGAAAUCCACUGUCAUCCCAAGCACUUAAACAUCUUUUCACAUUUCUCUGUGAGUUGCCAAUGCUGAAAAAUGUGGAGUUCCCAGUUCCAAGGGACUGCUACCCUAUUGGCAUCACCUACCCGAUAGAUGAUGCAAGUGUCUGCAGAUUUGAUCACCAAAAAUACCAAAGUGUAGCAGAGGAGCUUAACCUCAUUUUACUCCAAGCAAACAGGGAGGAUGUGAAGGCUUCAACUCCACUCUUUGGCAGCUACGACGCAGCUGUUCAGGAGACAAACAAUGAACUGGGAGCUUACUUGAUCAAGUCCUUCAAAGAGACUCUGGAAAAGUUCACUACUUCUCUCAACAACAUGAGUUAA